CAAACACAGGUGUGUAUGAACUCACUUCAGCUCAGCUCUGCUUCACAGUCAAGGAUGAUGAAGGUUCUGCUGCUGGCUCUUGUUGUUGCCCUGGUUUUGGAGAAUGGCUCUGCCCUGAAAUGUCACAACUGUGUCCCCCGCACACCUGGAGGACGUUGUGUGACCACGCAGGAGACGUGUGGCUAUAAAAAAGACACUUGUGUAUCGGCCAGAUUUACAAUCUCUCCCUAUUCUUACUUCCGGAGGUGCAUUAGCAUGGCAGACUGCAUGAUUCUUCAGUCCAGCCCUUAUAUUAAUGCCAAGUGCUGUCAGACGGACCUGUGCAACACCCCUGUCAUUUAAACCCACACAACUCAAUGCAUAUCAAGCCAUAAAGGGAAAAAUGACCCAAACUGGUAACAUUUAAGUAGCGCAUGUCACACAUAUGUACAUUAGUAUAAGUAUUUACUAACGCAAUACCAAAUAUUGGUUAAUGUUGUGUAAUAGGAUGUUGCACAACAUUAGUAAUAGGGUGAUUCUGUAACUAUGGGCACUUUUUUCAUAUGUGUAUACUUCAUACUAAAAC